CUUUGAAAUCAUCCGCUCAUGACGUUACUUGCUUGUUAAGCAGUGUUUUAGAGAUGGUUGUAGAGUUCAUCCGGUUCCCCGCACAAGAUAACUUCAUGCACUGAAACCGCACAGCGCCAUUAGCUGUUGAUGAGCCAAGAAAUGAGUGUCCCACCUGAGAAGAGAAGUCGGGGACCAUAUCGGCAGUGGAUGGAACCGAACACUGGAAGAGAUGCACCAAGGCAGACAAUACACAACGAUAGGAGGCGACAAGAGAGUGCAUCAGUGUCACUAGUUCAUUCGGCUGCAUCAACAAAUGACUCCCAGAAUGAUGCUCCCUCAACACAGUGGCACGGCGGUGAUGAUUCUGAUGACACUCCAGAAGUAUAUUUUGACAGUGGAGCUUCUGUGAGCAGCGAUACAGACGAAGAAGCUAUCACCAAUGGGGAUGAAGACAGUAAUGACAGUGACAACGAAUUUCAUGCAUUCCUUGGAGCGUACAGUAGAGAAACGUUGCCACAUCAAGAGACCACAAAGGGACAGGCAAUGCUACUAAUCCUGAUAUAUGUGGUGUCAGCAGGGCUUUCAUGGACUCAAGUUGAUGGGCUUCUCAGGCUCAUCAAUGCACUAUUUGGGACUGAUGUCCUGCCACGCUCCAAGUACAUGUUGAGGAAGCUUUGGCGCAAGCGUCAAGAAGGUGCUCUUGCAAUCCACUACUUCUGCAGCACAUGCUAUGCCCAUUUGGGGACCCGUGCAAGGUCAACAAAAGGCUGCACGUUUACCUGCUCCUUCUGCCGUGUAGACCAUAAGCAAGAGAAGUUACUCUCCUCUGGAAGCUUCUUUGUAAUAAUGGACAUCAAGAAGCGGCUGCAAAUGUUGCUGAAGGGUGUUGGAGCAGCUCUACUAAACCGUCUCGAUGCACUUGCUUCAGAAACCCGUCCCCAAGGGGUGUAUACCGACAUCACAGAUGGUCAGUUGUAUAAGAGAGCUCGCAAUAAUAUCGGGAUGAACUGGUGCGACUUCACUGUUAGUUUUAACAGUGAUGGUUCCCCUGCUUUCGAGUCCACGAAAUCAUCAGUCUGGCCCAUUCAAAUUCUCAUUAAUGAACUGCCAAUCAGAAUGCGACAGAGCAACACGCUCAUUUGUGGACUGUGGUUCGCAAAGGUCCACCCACCUGUUCACCUCUUCUUGAACGCAUUUGUGCAGAACUUCAAGAACAUUGGCCAGAUUGUGUGGAAGGCACUGAACAGAGUUGUGACUUCAAAUGUGUAUGCAAUCUGUUGUGUUGCUGAUUCUCCAGCCAGAGCUUCUAUUUUAAACCGGAAGCAGUUCAAUGGCUUCUAUGGUUGCUCCUGGUGUCUCCAGAGAGGCGUGUUGGUGAAUGGCACCCUGAAGUAUCCAGCAGAACCCACAGGAGCAUGCCUCGAGAGGACCCACACAAGUGUUCUGAAGGCAAUGAAGCUGGCUGUUCUUCGAGGGAAAGAUGUUGACGGCAUCAAGGGGCCGAGCCCUAUCGUCGAGUUGGUCGGACUUGAUGUCGUGUGGGGCGUACCGCCUGACUACAUGCACUGUGUAUUGCUUGGAGUGGUGAAGUACCUCACCGAACUAUGGAUGUCAUCAGUUGGUGAACCAUAUUAUGUUGGGAGGAAAAUGGGCCUUAUCAAUAGGAGGCUAUGUGCUAUCCGCCCUCCUAUAUCCUUCACACGACUCUCACGUUCUCUUUCUGAGCAUGCCUUUUGGAAGGCAACUGAGUGGAGAAACUGGGUGUUGUACUUCAUGUUGCCCACACUGAAUGGUGUCCUUCCUGUUAGAUAUCUGGUCCAUGCCUCAUUGCUUACAGAAAGCCUCUUUUUACUUCUCCAAGAUAGCAUCAAGGAAAGUGACAUAGACACAGCCGACCAUCUUUUGCAGACAUUUGUGCAUGAUACCGAAAGGUUGUAUGGCGCGGAAGCAGCCAGAUUCAAUGUACAUCAAUUGUUACAUCUUGCAAAAACUGUGCGCAUGCUUGGUCCAUUGUGGGCAACAUCAAUGUUUCCCUUCGAAAGUGGAAAUGGCAAAAUAUUGAAUCUGGUAACUGCAGCGAAGAGCGUCCCCCUUCAAAUAGCUGAACGUGUGUUCAUGAGUGAAACAGUACGUGAAAUGGAUAGGCACAUACCACUUCCAUACCACUUGGAGACCUGUGCACAGAGACUUCAAAAGGCUAAGGAAACAAGUGUUAGCUGUCACGGGCUAGGUGCUGCAAGCUGUAACACACAGAUGACUACGGAAACUGCAAACCUGCUCUUUGAAAAGGUUCGAAGAAAUGUGUCAGUUGAAUACUUUGAGAGGGCAAUCAUAAAUCGCAUUGUCGUUCACACAUCUCAAUAUGCACGUGCUCAAAGGACAUGCUCCAGCUAUUUAAAAAUGUGUGAUGGGGAGUUUUGCGAAGUCAGGGCAAUCUUUUCCUUCCAAGAACAGUUUGAAAUAAGGAUAGCUUUGCUCUGUAAGCAGUUGCUUGUAGUUCCUUCGGGUCUUGGCCAUGUUACCCACAUUCACAAGUCCAAUUGCCCCCCGGCAUCUGAACGGAUGUGCAUGUAUCUUGAUAACGAAGUCGAAAAUCAGGUCAUCUUUGUUCGUAUUGCACAGGAAGACUACAUUUGCGAGCAGCCAAACACGUGUGAGACAGACUAGAAAGAUCACAUGCCUCUUCAGUUUAAGUGCACUUGGCGCACCCGUUCCAAGCGUGCACCACUCAUGUAGCCAUUUCUUUUUGUGUAAAUAUUGUAAUCUCCUAGCAGUUGUCAUUGAUUACCUACUUCGUUUUCUUGUUCUGUGUAUAUAUUGCAGUGUGGUAGCUAUUGUCUUUCAUUACAGUUUAUUUCAUAUGACAUGUUUGCAUAGAUCACCACAGGGAAAUUGUGCAUUAAAAUAUUGAUUAAUU